AUGACCACAGAGAAUCAUAUUUCAGAGCCUCCAAAGUGUUCUCUUAUUCCUGAUUUCAAUCGCAAAACAGAGGGACACUUCCUGACAUUCACCCUAAGAACGAAGCAAAUAUCCGAAAUGUGUGGGAUCGAGAGCUUAUUGAAACAAAAGACAACCCGGAAGUCGAUGAACUGUUUGGAAACCUACACAGACUCGUAUCUUUCGAUCGAUAAUGGGAAAUACACUGCCAAAUUACCUUGGAAAAAAGAUCACCCACCAUUACCGACAAACUAUGACGUGACAACACGCCGCACACGGAGUAUGAUUCGUCAACUCACCCCGAAACUUAUCGCAAAAUACGAUGACAUUAUUAGCGAACAGAAACAAUGCGGUUCCAUUUCUGAGGUCAAUUACCCCGAUCCAGAUAUCGGACACUAUUUACCGCACCGCGCCGUUAAAAAGGAUUCUGCAACAACCACUUUUCGUAUUGCAUUACGCUUUUGA